AUGGACGGCAGCGACGAGGCGGCCGCGGCGUCACGCCCCCCGUCGCCCCCUGCGAAGCGGCGGCGCGGCGAGCGGGUUGUCUCGCUGCAGUGCCCGUACUGCCCGCGCGUCGUCACCGGCGUCCCGAGCAGGAGCAUCCGCACCAACUACAACCGCCACCUCCUCACGCACACGAAGGAGCGGCCGUACCAGUGCGAGUUCUGCCUCGCGCAGUUCACCACCAGCACAAACCGACGCAGGCACGUGCUGCGGCUUCACCCGGAGUUGCUCGCGACGUGGUCCACCACCGCCGCCGCCGCCGCGUCGUCGCAGCCGGAGACGCCCGUGAGCGUGGGUGGCGCGAACUCCAAGUCGGAGGCGGAUGCCGCUGCCGGGGCCGAGGCAGAGGCCACCUCGGAGGCCGUCGGCUUUGCCUGCCGCUUCUGCGCUGCGGCGUUUACGUGCAAAGGCUCCCGCACACUUCAUGAGCGUCGUUGCCCCGCACGGCCGUAUCCGCCGCGGGUGCUCGCCACGAGUUCCUCCCCGACGCCUUCGCCCUCUACUUUAGCAGCACCCACCGGAGAGCAGGCGGGCGACCCGGCCGACACAGUCUUCCUCUGCCCCAACUGCGAACAGGAGCUCUCGAGUCGGCAGCAAGUCAAACGCCACUUGCGUUGCUACUGCCCCUUUCGCGACGACGCCUUUGCCUCCUACAGCGACGACGGCGAAGACGACGACGGCGACGGCGACGGGCGGGCGGGGGGGCAGCCUGGACGGCCGUCAAGGACCAAGCGCAGCCGGCGCAUCCUUCAGAAGCGCGGCGCCGGCUCCGCGGAGCACUCGAGCGGACAACCGCGACACGACGGGGCGCAUGCGUACGCGGUGGCGGUGCUGUCUGCCACCCCUGGCCGCUCGCAGACUGCCACGACAGUCAUUUGCCCGUAUGACGACUGCAUGUCUACCUUCGCCUCGCGCACACGCUGGCUGGCGCACGUCGCGCGGCGUCACCCGCAUGAACUAGUGCCGGAAAUUUGA